ACAGUGUAGAAAACGCAGACUUGCUACCUUCCCAGAACACUGUGUAUUUAUGUACAGAUUAUACCACAGUUUCUUCAGUAUUACAGUGUGAUUCCAUCUCUGUGUUGCUCUUGUAGGAACGACAGUGUUUAAAUGCACGGAGAAACUGUCUGAUUGGCAACAGACGCCCGAACACGUGGAGGGUGAUAAGAGAUAAGGAAUCUGAUAUGAAUGCCUGUUGGACCUUUUGCGAUAAAGACAAGGCGCGGGGGUGUCUGUGCAGGAGGGACGUGGCUGUGCCGGGGAGUGUUGAAUGUGUGUGUGUGUGUGGGUUCUGUCCUCGACCGAUCCAUUAUCUCUUGUAAAUUUUAAAGAGCAUUUUACGUUUGAAAUAUAAAAUCCGGUCUGUCCCCGGCGGCCCUCGGCUGACUCCAGACGCGCCUCCUCGUCUCGUCUCGCCCGAGGAAGGAGGCUGGCUGCUUGCGCCGCUUUCCUCUCUCGCCUUCGUGCUUGCGGACUCGACUGGCUUCGGCUCGGUUGCUCACCUCUUCUCACCUCCAUCGGCAGAGGUCUUGUGAUUUCCUGAAGGAAGGAAUCGCAGCCGGAAGUCACAAAGGCAGAAAUCUAUUCGGGUGGCGUGGGGAGAGCAAGCGGGAGUCCCCAGUGCCACUCCCUCCGAGAGGACGGAUCCUGACGGCGCUCCGCAGGCAGGCGCUCGCUCGCAUCCCCGGCCUGAGGCGUCGCAGGAAGGCCAGUUGCUGGAGCCAUGGAGGGCGGCCUGCGAGGCUGGGUCGAGAGGAACAGCGUCCCCGUGAGGAGAGAGAGCGGGUUCACGGUCCGCGAGCUGAGGACGAGGACCGUGCUGGACGACCCGACGAACAAGGUGCGGGUCCUGGGCGUGGGCCCCGAGAACGGCGGCGAGGUGAAGAAGGUGCUCCUGCUGGGAGAGACCGGCAACGGCAAGAGCCACCUGUGCAACGCCCUGGUCAACAGGGUGUUCGGCGUCGGGCUGCGCGACGACGUGCGCCUUCAGCUGCGCGACCAGAUGGACGAGGCCGGCAAGAGCUCGACGCAGAGCCAGACGGAGUACACGACGGCGUACGUGAUCUACCGGCAGGAGGGCAUGCCGCGCGGCCACAACUUGAUGGUGAUCGACACGGCGGGCGUGGGCGACACGGGCGGGCGCCUGCGGGAGGAGAGCAACGAGCGGCAGUUCCGGCGGUGCUUGGCCGAGCACGCCUGGGUCCGGGAGCUGAGCAGCGUCGGGCUGGUGUGGAAGGCCAGCGACCACAGGUACGACCAGAGGAAGAGGGACGUCCUGGGCAGGCUGAAGGGCCUCUUGGGCUACGACGCGAAGCCAAUAACUGACGUUCUGGUGACGUUCUCCACCAACGGGUCUCGAGACGCCUUCGACAUCAUGAGAGAAGCAGGCGUUGGCUUCCACGGGGAGUUCCUCUUCGACAACGGACCUCUGUACAAGGGUUGGCCCCAGGAUGCGAUGCGGAGGAGGAAGCUGGAGAUGGAGUGGGAGAUGAUGGAGGAGAGCCUGGAUGGGUUCCUGGAGGCUGUGAGUGAGAGGAGGGCUGUUGAGCUGACGGCAACAGUGGGGCUGAUUCGGUCGCAGUUCGAACUGGAGGACACCAACGCGGAGCUGCAGGCCCUGUGGGAGCAGGAGGACGAGCUGCGGCAGACCAUUCGAGAGCACGAAAGGAAGCUGUGCAGACUCGACGGCAAAGAGAACGAGGUGGACUGGGACGAAGUGCGGGCGCUGGACAGCAGCAGGGAAGAGCUCGUGUUGGAGAACGGACAGCACUGCCACUACUGCCCCGAGUGCGACGAGGUGUGUGUCCCUUCGUGCUCGACGGACUCUACUCAUGAACGAACAGGGGGAGUCGGGGAAGCAACAAACGCAGGAACAACGAGAGUUGUAUGCUCGUUUUUCAAAGAUGGUUCUCUUACCUGCCCAGAAUGUGACCAUCAUCAAAUCGAUCACGAAUUCAGAAGUAAAAUCCUCGUCAAAGAUGCCACAUUCGAACAGAAACUGGAAUUAGUAAGAAAAUCUCAGCAUGAAAGAGACAUAGAUCAGGAAAACGCCAUUCGAGCUGACAUCGAAGCCUUUGAAGCCCAACUGAAAGAAAUCGAGGAGCAAAGCAAGGUCCUGAUAGCCACGUGGAGCAGACUCGAGCAAAGGACCAGGCAUUUGAAAUCUGGAAACUGAAAGUGCUCAGAAGGACCAUUUUCAGCUUGAUACUGCUGCGAUACUCUACCCUAUGGACAGAUAAGUACAGUGCAAAAUUUCAGAAUUAUUGCAGCUGUAAAUGGCAUUCAUUUGUUUAUCAAAUUAUAUCCAAAUCGAAUUAGUUGUUGGGUCGGCAUAUUUCAGAUGUGGACGGUUUUGCAAGAUAUUCUUAACUUUCUACACCAACGGCAUUUCUGAAAUGAUUCCAGUUAUCUGUGAUGCUUUCCUUUUUCCUUGCAUCAUAAGUUACUGUUGAGUUGUUCCCUUGAGGUUACACGAAUGGUAGUAAUUGUGAGUGUAUAAAUAUAUAUAUAUUACGUAUAUCUAUAUCUAUCUAUCUAUAUAUAUACAUUGUUAUGAUAAGAGUAAAUUUGUCAUUCCAUAUUAUAAAUACCAAUGAUAUAUGUAAAGAUGAUAAUGUUAUUAUAUACAGUAUUUUAUAUAUACUUAUAGAAGUGGAAGAUUUAUUUUAUACAAAGAUAUAUUUUAGUUGAAGUUUCAUACACAUUAUCGUAUAUGAACGAUCCCUGUGAUCUGAGCGCCCCUGGUGGCAGAGUGUAAAACGACUGGAGGAGAAACAACGGCAAUAAACCCAGCACGGA